UUUUAAAACUUUAUUUAACACAUGUAUAAUUAUGUAAGCAGUUUCAGGUGUAUAAUGAGUGUGAUGAAGGAUGUAUUGAAUGUGACUUUUUUAUUUAUUUAUUUUAAAAUUGUGUUAUGAAGCCAUAACAGGAUUGUAAACUGAAACCAACAGGUUUAAUGAAUGAUAGUGUUAGUAUUGCAGUUAGCAAGUUUCAUUUCAUGUAAAAGUUUGCCAUAACUCUUCUUGAGGAUAGCAUAGAUGAAGAACAUGCCGAAUAUUUUAGUCAGAAGAUACUUGGUUAGAAUCCUCCAGAGGAGGUUCACAUAAAUGAAUAGUGGCAGAUUCUCUGGAUGAAGAUCAAACAAGGCAGAGGAGAAGUGAAGUCUGGAAGUUUGCCUGGAAUCCUGAUAAGUGUGUGGAUUUGUGUGGAAUUAUAAGUGAUUCGGUUGCCAUCCAGCAGUUACAGUUUCAUAAAUGAUUAUAAUCACAUCAAGGAUUUAUCUAUAUUUUUAUGAGUAAAUCUUUUAAUGUGUGUUACUAACAAUGAGAUGGCAUCACACUUGUGGUUCAUUGUCAACAAGCAAACCUAAAAGAAGGAGAAUGAGCAAGAAAGACCCUGUAUGUGAUUUGGAAGGAAAGGAUAUGAAUCUCAGAUCAAACUAUUUUGUGGGAAUUCAGGUGUCAAAUCCUGAGAUCCACCGUAUGGUGAAAAUAGUUCAAGAGGCAAUACUUAGCAAACAGCCAGCUCUGCGUACUGCAGUGGUGCCAAUACCUACACUUCACAUAACAUUAGCUGUGGCACACUUACCAGAUAUGGAGCAUAUUAGCAGAGCAGCUGAGGUGGUAGAAAAUUGUGGCUCCAUUCACAGAGGAUUCUUCAGUAAGCCUGCUUCUUUGCAUUUCAGUGGUCUUAAGACAUUUGGAAAUAAAGUUCUGUUUGCUAGUAUUCAGCAAGGUGAGGCAUUAGAAGAGGUGCAGAUGAUGGCCAGUGAUUUAGAGACUUCAUUUCAAGAACUGACAGGGUCACCCACAAAGAAAGGUUUUAAACCUCAUCUGACAAUUCUAAAAUUGUCCAAGGAUUUUAAACUUAGAAGGAAGGGUAUCCCAAAAAUCUCCAGCAGUUUGUACUUGGACAUGACCGACACAGUAUUUGGGAGUCAGGUUGUUCAAGGCAUUCAGCUCCUUUCCAUGAACAAACCUAAGGAUGGCAAUGGUUAUUAUUACUGCAGUCAUCAGGUUGCAUUUGAUGUGUCAUGCCUUGAGUCAGGUGAUCAUUCAGAAUGCUGCAAGAAACCUUUGUCAGUGAAACCAAACCUGGACAAUGUAUCACAGUUGCAGUGCACUGUAAAACAUGAGAAAGGUGUGAUUAAACGAAGGUUCCACUCCUUGAGUCUGGCAAGGCUUUCAUCUGUGUUUGGCAGGACAAGUGAAUCCUCAGACAAUGCAGAUGACAAGGACGUGUUAAUGACUCUGUGGAUUGUCAGUGCUGCAUCUGCUGCCAUCAUAGCUGCUGUGCGGAGGAUAUUGGCCAGCAAAUGAACUGAAUGGUACGUUUCAUAUUGAGUAAGAUAAUAAGAAAUAAGGCAGAGCUUGCAAGUUGUAGGUGAAAGGCACCAUAUGUGGUCUCCUUUUGUUAAAAUAGUUAUUUUUGUGUAAUAAAAGUAUCGGUUUGUUAAAAUAGAGGAAUUUACAGUAGGCACUGUAUUUAUGUGUGUAAAACUUUAUAAUUAAUUAUGGGAAAUAAGAAGUCAUUCAAUCCAGAGUGGUAUAAAAUGUCUGUAAGGCCGUUAGUAGCUCCUGUUAUAAAGCCCUGAUUCUUACUUUUAACGGCUGCGACAUAUGUGACUACUCUCUUUGUUUUGGAUUUUAUCCAUUGUCUGUCUUUUAAGGGCCUCAGAACCUUUCAGGGGUUGGAUAUUCCUUUAUCGUUACAUAGAAAGGUGGGGGUGUUGGUGAUCACCUCUUCUAUGGAAGAGAUCAAGAAUAGCUUGGUCUACUGAAUCCAACAGACUAGGUAUCUCCCCCAACCCUUCAUCUGUUUCCUAAGAAAAAUCCAUCCUCCGAAAUGUAACGAGUUUUAAGUUUUAAGUCUUCUAAAAGUACAGGUGAUGGGUAAGUCCAAAACAAAGAAAGUAGUAAUAUAAGAGCAAUUUCAAGGACAUUCAGAGAAGAAUUGGAAUCACUAGAUGAAACAUGCCUGUGUCAUUUCUUGAUUUCUUCUUGCCUGUUAUUCACCAUAAGUGUUCGACAGAUUUCUUUGUAGCAUCCUCUGAUUCCAUCACUUUCAUUGCAACAGGAUUAAAUUUGCUAUUGUUUAAAUGACUUCUGUAAGGAGACAAUGCUGGACUGACACCUGAGAGGAUAAACACAGACUGCAGGGGUGACUGUGUUGUUUGUCAUAGUCUUGGGUGCCUGAGGAAUAUUGUGUGUCAGGUUACCGUUGGAAGUAGAUACAUUUUAUGGUUUGGAAGUUUGAUUCUCAUGAACAGAAAACUCACAAUCUUGGAUGAAGGUUUUGUGGAAAUGGAAAAUACCAGUCUUUUUACAUAUAUUUAUUUGCUGUUUAUAAGAAGCAGCCAUGAAAUAAUCCUUGUCUAACCCUGUAUUUAAAAUAUUCACUAAAUAUGUGGGCUUAAAUAUGGAGAACUAUAAAUAGCAUGGAAAACUUUAGAAACCCAUGCAAUGUUUUGAAGUUAGAAAUUUAAGAAUAUCAAUAUAACAGGUGUGUGAAUUAUGCAAAGGAUCAUCAUUAGUUUCUAGUACUUAGUAUGUAAAAACAUAUGUCCAUACAGUUCAGAUACUCAUUUAGAAUUCUGAAACACAACACAAAAUGUUUUAAGAAUUAACAAGUCUCAUGCUGAAGCUUGGCACCGAUAUGCAUCUCAGCACAUAAAACAUUCUGCCUCAAAGUAUUGUCUUGCCAUUCAAAAUCUGUUUACAGUGGACAAUCAGAGGUGAAUGCUUUGGUGUAUCUUGUAAUGUGCUACCAUACCACUAUAACUAGAAUAACUCCUUGAGAACCUGAUUAUUACAUAGGUAGUCAAGGAAAUUCCCACCUUUUAUUGAACUAAAAGUUCAUUAUUGUGUUUGCAACAGCCUGUCACUGGACCCUAUCCUGAGCUAAAUAUAUCCAUCGUACAUCGU